ACAAUGAAAAAUGUAUAUUAAAAUUAAUUCAUACCGAUUAAGAAUUUAAAUUUUAGUUAAAAAGUUUAUUUGUCAGUUUUAUUGAUGAUUCGUUUAUUUACUAUUUUUUUUUUUUUUUUUCUAUAACUUGUGACUUUGAAAAUUGAUGACGUUAGUAAUUCUAAGCUUGUGUAUUAGGUAUAGUGUAUAUGAUGAUAAAAUGUGAUUAUUUCAGUGAUGUGUUGGCGCCACGCGCAUUAUCGUGUUUGGAGUACGUUUUCACAAAAUAGAUUCACCGGGAAGCUUGGAGAAAUUCCAGGAAACUCGUGAUUACUCGUGAGAAGGAAUUAUGAUUUUGUCAAGGUAGCCGGUAUUAAAGUACAAAACAAACUUGACACUCGCUUUUAAUUUACACAAGAGAGAUUAUGUUGUGUGAAAAAUUAAUUGUUAAAGAUUAUCAUGCAGGUCAUUUUUCGUUUACUUUUGGCAAUAAUACACGUUUUGUACAAAUUUAUUUUUUGGAGUCGACUCCAAUGGAAAAUCUUUAUAGAACUAGUUUUUAGUGAUAGAAAUUCAUCUAUGGAAAAUGAUGUUCUUAGUGAAUUAAUAAAGGAUGUAACAAAAUUGCCCGAGCACCUGGUUGUUAUUCUUGGCCACGAGGAAGUUUCAUUUCAUGAUCUUGUGCGUAUUGUUGGAUGGUGUGUUAUCGCUGGUAUUCCUUGCGUCAGCUUUUAUGAUCACAAUGGAUUCCUACAAAGAAAUGAUAAGGUUAUGAGAAAAAAAAUUGCAAUUGAAAGACCAGAUCUCGAACAAAAUAUUGUCUGGAAUUCUGAAUUGUCUGUGAAAUCUAUAAAAAAUGGUACUAAUGGAAUUAAACAUAAAACGAAAAUACAACUUUUGUCAUACGACGAUGGCAAAGGUAAAAUCGUCUCUCUAGUUCAGGAAUUAUCUAAGGGAGUUAUCUCUGGAGUAUUGCAAUCAGAUGAAAUUAAUAUUAAUCUUCUCGCAGAAAAAUUAAAAUUUGAAGGCAUUCCAAAUCCAGAUCUAGCAAUUGUCUGCGGACGUACAUUUUCUACUUAUGGUCUUCUUCCAUGGCACAUAAAAGUAACAGAAUUUGUCCAAAUACAAUCACAUCAUAGAAUACUAGUAAAGGAUUUUGCAAUGUUGUUAAGGAAAUAUAGUAAAUGUGAACAACGCCAUGGAAAAUAAUGACAAAAUAAAUUAUUAUCAUUAAUA